GCUCCAUACUCAGAGGAGUAUCAGAUCUGCUGCCCGGUGAUAAGACUCAGCAGGUAGCUGAGCUGUCAGAGCGAGAAGAAACCUUUUUUUCCCCCGGGAGGAUUCGGUUGUCGUUGAGGUCCUUGAACAUGUCGAUGUACUUCUACCAGAUUAGCACCAAGCUGCUCGGUGACACUGUGGGUAAAAUGAACGAGAACUUGACCUCCCUGGUUCUGGCAGCUUCGGUUUUUACGCUCACUGUGGGUUAUGUCUCCAAACGGCUGUUCAAGGAGUCUGCAGAUAAAGAUGCGAAAUAUCCGCCCUACAUUCCCUCUAGCAUCCCUUUCCUUGGACAUGCUAUUGCUUUUGGAAAAAGCCCGAUUGAAUUUCUAGAAAAUGCUUAUGAAAAAUACGGUCCAGUGUUCAGUUUCACCAUGGUGGGGAAAACCUUCACCUACUUGUUGGGCAGUGAAGCAGCCAUGCUUAUGUUCAACAGUAAGAAUGAAGACCUGAAUGCAGAAGACGUCUACUCCAAACUGACAACCCCAGUGUUUGGAAAAGGAGUAGCAUACGAUGUCCCAAACCCUCUUUUUCUGGAGCAGAAAAAAAUGCUGAAAACUGGACUGAACAUUGCUCGUUUUAAGGAGCACGUCAGGCUAAUUGAGACAGAAACCAUUGAGUAUUUCAAGAGAUGGGGGGACAGUGGAGAGAGAAACCUGUUUGACGCUUUGUCGGAGCUGAUCAUCCUCACAGCCAGCAGCUGCCUCCAUGGAAAGGAGAUCCGCAGCAUGCUGAACGAACAAGUGGCUCAGCUCUACGCCGACUUGGACGGAGGAUUUAGCCACGCCGCUUGGCUGCUCCCCACCUGGGUGCCUCUCCCAAGUUUCAGGAAACGAGACAAAGCUCACAGAGAGAUCAAGAACAUCUUUUACAAAGUGAUUGAAAAACGUAGGAAAUCUGGAGAGACAGCAGACGACAUCCUGCAGACUUUAAUCGAUGCCACUUACAAAGAUGGUCGGCCACUGACUGACGAUGAAAUCGCAGGAAUGUUGAUAGGCCUACUCCUGGCGGGUCAGCACACCUCAUCUACAACCAGCGCCUGGAUGGGAUUCUUCCUGGCCCGGGACAAAACUCUACAGGAUCGCUGCUAUGCGGAGCAAAAGCGUGUUUGUGGGGAAAACCUGCCGCCACUCGACUUUGAUCAGCUGAAGGAUUUGAACUUGUUGGAGCGUUGUCUGAAGGAGACCCUGAGGCUCCGGCCACCUAUAAUGACAAUGAUGAGGAUGGCUCGCACACCUCAGACUGCUGCAGGAUACACCAUUCCUGUCGGCCACCAGGUCUGCGUCUCCCCAACAGUCAACCAUCGUCUGAAAGACGCCUGGGUGGAGAGGAUGGAGUUCAACCCUGAGCGUUACCUCAACGACAACGCCGCCGGAGGGGAGAAGUUUGCUUACAUACCAUUUGGUGCUGGGCGCCAUCGCUGCAUUGGGGAGAACUUCGCCUACGUCCAGAUCAAGACCAUCUGGUCCACGUUGCUGCGCAUGUACGAGUUCGACCUGGUGGACGGAUAUUUCCCCACCAUCAACUACACAACGAUGAUUCACACCCCGCAUAACCCUGUCAUCAGAUAUAAGAGGAGGAAGCAGUGAGAGAUGCAGGGCAGAUGAGAGAAUCAAAGACUUUUAUGUUGUUCUUUUGUUUUUAAUCAAAGCUCUGACAUCCUGGGACUUGAAUUCAAGAAAAUAUAGGUGAAUGCACUCUGAAUGCUUUCAGUGUGACCCGUAUUUUGUCUGAAGACUGUUUCCAACCCAGAAUCUCAGCAGAAAGCAUCCGAAGCCCCAGCUUUAACACUGAAGCGAGCCUUCAUGAAAGGAAAUCAAUGUGCCUUAUAAUAGGAAAACAACUCCUUAAUUUUAAUCAGGAUAGUCUGAGUAUAAAGGUUUUCCUUAACAGUUUUUCUGCAAUCACUUCGCUUUUUAAAUCUGAAAAAUAAGUUUUUCUCUGCUGACAAUAAAAAAACAUGGGUCAGAUUGCACAUUUAACACCUAAUUAAUCCCAUGUAGAAAUUAUUCACAUCUAAUAAUCUUUUAGAAGGAUCACAAUCAAUCUGAGCGUAAAGUCAUGCAUGCAUAAGGAAAAUUGUCUUGCUGAGAUAAUGACUUAAAGCCUCUUGGCAGGGACAGACGAGUCCCUGCCAAAAGAACUCUGUUUUUUUUCCACUCCACACUCACUGGCCUAAUAUGUGAAAAGCCUCAAAAUAAAUUGAUUAAAUUGUAGUUGUGUAAUUUACUCUAAGGAUUUCCAGCAGUGAGUCUGCAAUGUUGCAGACUCACUGUCUGUGGACGGAAGUUAAGCUUGUAUAAUUUCCACAUUUCCAGUUUUUAAGUGUGGCUCUGACUGAAGAUAUGCUUUAUAAAAGUUAUUUCCUCUGAUUGAAAAAUACUUACUUUUUUAUAUUUUGAAGAUUAGCAAAGAGAAAAAAUGGAAGCAGUCAAUUUCAAAGUUUUUGUUUAACUCAGUGAAACAGUGGAAUUUGUAUAUUAUAAGAACUGGGAGAGAAUCAUGUCAUACAACACAGGGGAUGGAGAAGUGAUGGUUUGCCAAGUUAAUGUAUUUCAAUCUGAUGUAUUCAAAAUUUUGAUAAAAAUAAAGUGGAUUUUUUCCCCC